GGUUAUUCGGAGUCCCCAGACCUGGAGUUUGAAUAUGCAGAUACCGACAAAUGGGCGGCAGAGCUCUCUGAGCUCUACAGCUACACGGAAGGGCCGGAAUUCCUGCUCAACCGCAAAUGCUUCGAGGAGGACUUCAGGAUCCACGUGCGCGACAAGAAAUGGACAGAGCUGGACAAGAACCAGCACCGCACCCACGCCAUGCGGCUCCUCGACGGGCUGGAGGUCACCGCGCGGGAGAAGAGGCUGAGGGUUGCCAGAGCCAUCCUUUAUGUCGCCCAAGGCACGUUUGGGGAGUGCGGCUCCGAGGCCGAGGUGCAGGCUUGGAUGAGGUACAACAUCUUCCUCUUGCUGGAAGUGGGGACCUUCAACGCUUUGGUGGAGCUGCUGAACAUGGAGAUCGACAACAGCGCAGCUUGCAGCAGCGCCGUGAGGAAGCCGGCCAUCUCCCUGGCUGACAGCACAGACCUGAGGGUGCUGCUCAACAUCAUGUACCUGAUCGUGGAGACCGUUCGGCAAGAGGCCGAGGGGGACAAGCCCGAGUGGAAGAGCAUGAGACAGACUUUCCGAGCGGAGCUGGGAGCCCCUCUGUACAACAACGAGCCUUUCUCCGUCAUGCUCUUUGGGAUGGUGACCAAAUUCUGCAGCGGCCACGCUCCGCACUUCCCCAUGAAGAAGGUGCUGCUCUUGCUCUGGAAGACGGUGCUGUGCACCCUCGGGGGCUUCGAGGAGCUGCAGAGCAUGAAGGCAGAGAAAAGGGAGAUCCUGGGCCUCCCGCCGCUCCCCGAGGACAGCAUCAAAGUGAUCCGCAACAUGCGAGCGGCCUCGCCGCCCGCCUCCGCCUCCGACCUCAUCGAGCAGCAGCAGAAGCGAGGCCGGCGGGAGCACAAGGCCCUGAUAAAGCAGGAUAACCUCGAUGCCUUUAAUGAGCGGGACCCUUACAAAGCCGAUGACUCCCGGGAGGAAGAGGAGGAAAACGACGACGACAACAGCCUGGAGGGAGAGACCUUCCCCCUCGAACGGGAUGAAGUGAUGCCUCCACCCACCACGCAACCCCCCAGUGACCACCUCCCCAAGGGGCUGCCCUGGGCCCCCAAGGUCCGAGAAAAGGACAUUGAGAUGUUCCUGGAGUCCAGCCGAUUCAUCGUCUACACGCUGGGCAGUGACACCAACACGGUGGUGGGCUUGCCCAGGCCCAUCCACGAGAGCAUCCGAACCCUGAAGCUG